AUGGUGAUAGAUCGUGAUCAUAUUACUUGGGAUCUGCGGGAAGCUCCAAUUGAUCAAUUCAUUUCUAUCUAUGGUCCUAAAUUGAAUGAAGCUACUAGCGUUGAGUUUCUUGGGUUGACCAACAAAAUGGCUGAAACCCUGGCCAAGGGAGUUUCAGAAACGCUCCGUUCAGGAUCCUGUAGCAUUAGUUCCUUAACCUUCAAGGGGAUUCGUGAUGAGGAAUGUCCUAGUAUGCAGCGAGAGGAAAGAAAGCGCCCCUGCAAAAUGAGCCGCGAAACCAUUUUGCGCCAGCUCGUCAACACGUUCAUAACCUGUCCUUUACAGUCGUUUUCGAUCGAGGCCAACCACUUUUCGGCCUCUGCCGUCAUCGAGCUGACCCAGAACAUCACCAAGGGUCUGUUCCCCCAGCUGUCCCAUCUGGACAUCGAUGACAACAACUACAACUACGAAAACGUGGCCAUGCCCCGUCUGAUGCGGAUCAUCUCGGAGCUCCCGCGGGACAUCGAGGUCCGCUCGUUCUACGUGGAGACGCUGAACGUGAUCAAGCACAACCAUGGCGAGGACACGCCGUUCCGCUACAACUUCGAGACUCGCUACCCCUCCGACUGCAAGUUCUACUCGGAGCCCAUCAAGAACGAGGAGUUUGAGCUGCUCAUCAAGUACCAGCCCUGUCUCUACGCCGAGUCGUUUCUGGCGCACGGAACGGGCCGCGGUCUCGCCUGGGUGAACUACAUGACCACGCUGCUGUCGCAGAGCCGCUUCGACCGCCUGAAGACGAUGGAGAUUUUCGGCAACGAUCUGUUCAAGGGCGACAUGGACACGUUCCUCAGUCUCUUCACGGCGGAGCAUCUCCCGGUCCUGCAGUCUCUGGAUAUGAGCUCCAACGGCCUCCAAUCGCUUCGAUUCACCGCCGCCUCGGUGCCUUCGCUCGAGAUGCUGAUGCUGGACAGCAACGACCUCAGCAGUCUCGUCAUGGAGCCGGGCUCUUUCCCGCGGUUGCACACGUUGAAGCUGGGAUGUAGGGAUGGGAGCGGCCUGCGAUCCAGACAACAAACUCACCACCUUCGAAGUCAGCGAGAACAGCCUGCCGCAGCUCCGCAAGCUCUAUCUGGAGAGUGCGUCGUCGCGGGCUUGGCUGACGGAUAG